GCUGGAGAGUCGGGCAGCGCGCAGGGCCCUGGAGUGCCCGCCGGUAGCGCGCCAGCCAGCCGUGCCCGGAGUCCAAGCGCAGCCUCGAGGUAUCACCUGAGGUGCCCCUGACCGUCCCUGUCCCCCACCCCACCCCGCAUCCCGGCAAUGCUAACCGCUGUCUGCGGCUCUCUGGGCAGCCAGCACACGGACGCGCCUCACGCCUCCCCUCCGCGCCUCGACCUGCAGCCUCUCCAAACAUACCAGGGCCACACGAGCCCGGAGGCGGGGGACUACCCCUCCCCGCUGCAGCCUGGAGAGCUGCAGAGCCUCCCGCUGGGCCCUGAGGUGGACUUCUCGCAGGGCUAUGAGCUCCCAGGGGCCUCCUCUCGCGUAACUUGCGAGGACCUGGAAAGCGACAAUCCCUUGGUCCCGGGACCCUUUUCCAAGCUCCUGCAGCCAGACAUGUCACACCAUUACGAAUCAUGGUUCCGGCCAACUCACCCUGGCACUGAGGAUGGCUCCUGGUGGGACCUUCAUCCGGGCACCAGCUGGAUGGACCUCCCCCACACUCAGGGCGCGCUGACCUCACCUGGCCACCCGGGGGCGCUUCAGGCUGGCUUGGGGGGCUAUGUUGGAGACCACCAGCUUUGUGCCCCGCCACCACACCCACACCCACACCACCUCCUCCCAGCCGCCGGAGGGCAGCACCUCCUGGGGCCUCCCGACGGGUCAAAGGCCUUGGAAGCUGCCGCCCCGGAAUCCCAGGGGCUGGAUUCCAGUCUGGAUGGGGCGACCCGGCCCAAAGGCUCCCGGCGGUCAGUGCCCCGCAGCUCAGGUCAGACCGUGUGCCGCUGCCCCAACUGCCUGGAGGCGGAGCGACUGGGGGCUCCGUGCGGGCCCGAUGGGGGCAAGAAGAAGCACUUGCACAAUUGCCACAUCCCGGGCUGCGGGAAAGCCUACGCCAAGACGUCGCACCUAAAAGCGCACCUGCGCUGGCACAGCGGCGACCGUCCCUUCGUGUGCAACUGGCUCUUCUGCGGCAAGCGCUUCACGCGCUCCGACGAGCUGCAGCGCCACCUCCAGACCCACACCGGCACCAAGAAGUUCCCCUGCGCGGUCUGUAGCCGCGUCUUCAUGCGCAGUGACCACCUGGCCAAACACAUGAAAACCCACGAGGGCGCCAAAGAGGAGGCUGCGGGAGCGGCCACGGGCGAGGGCAAGGCUGGCGGAGCGGCGGAGUCCCCCGGGGGCAAAGGCAAGCGGGAGGCCGAGGGCGGCGCAGCUCCCUCCAACUGAGCUCCUCCAACAGCCUCCCGCUGGUCUCCCCCGGGAGCAUCAAAGGAGAGCCCCCAGGCCUGAGGUCCUGGGAGGAGGGGGGCUUGAGUAAGAGGAGAAGGUGGAUAUUUAUUGAGAGGGAGGAAAAGUGGUGUGGGGUCAGGGAGAGGGGACCCUAGGGGUGUUUUAGUCUCUGUGGCUGGACGGGACGCGUUUGACUGUUUGGCUGGCCCGGGUGAGUGCGGGAGCUGCGUAUGCCCCUCUGUUCUCGGUUUCCUCACUGUUUCACUCACACCCCCCAGCUGGGGGGAUAGGGUGGGGUAUCCCUACCGGGGCUGGAGGGCGGAGGGGACCCGCUGGAGAAGGCUAGUGUCCCAGGAACAGAGAGGAGUGGGGCGGCCCGGGGCGCUGGGGGUAGCUGUCUGGACGCGUCUUUAGUGCCUGGGAACCGGGACAUAAAAGCGCCUCCGGAACCGCCCUGUGGCCCCCGGUCCCUUUCAUCCCCCUCAUAGUGCUUCUUCCCCUAGGGUUUCCGGAGGGAGAGCUGAGAUGGGGUAGGGAAGGCUGGGGUCCCCUGUAGGGAGGGGUCUCUAGCAGGCUAGGAGGGCUGUUUCUGUAGAAAGAACUCCUUUGAUGCCCCUCCUUAUUAACCCUUCCAGACCCAGUCUGAUGGAGCUAUGAAGGAAGAGGGGAAGAGGGCCAGAAUCCGAGACAGCUUCCCAGCCAUAACGGGUGGAAAAGAGAGCUAGAUGUGGGGCAUGGGCAAGGAAGUUCCCUUCUAAAAUGAGAGAAAGCAAUUAAAUCGGGGAAUGGAAGGAACUAACCUCUUCCAUCUCAAACUUGGAUUCAGUCCUUAACUCUUUGUCUUCAUAAAAAAUAAGUUCAGUAGUGCCUGUUCCCCACCUGUUACCCCCCACCCCCAUCCCGUGUAAGCUUUCAAGUCAGCCAGAAGACCCUGCUCUAGAAUUAAUGUAGUUCCUCAUCCUAAGUUCCCCAUCAUUUGCCUUCCCCAUGGGGAUGGAAGGAACAGGGUUACCUUGGCUUCUGGGGGGUAGGUGGGGGUGCCCCAGCAGAGGGAUGUCCAGGGGUUCCUACUCAGAGUGGAGGACUCUGUCUCUGCCUGGCCAGCUCCUGCUCACCCUCCCCUUUCCCUGCCCCUGCAAGCCUUGCCCCUCCUGUAGAAUGUGCUAGGAGGCUCCCCAUCCCCUUCCACAUGAAGGAGUGGUUCUCCCACCGGAGGGGGUCUGCCUUCUGAGGUGAUGUCCAGGGAGCUGUCCCUGUUUUCUUCUUUAGAUGCUAGAAAUACAUCCUGGUUGUAAUCCUGGAGUGGGGAAGAGGAGAGGGGAGAAGUCCAGCAGAGGCUGAGCCUGGUAAAGGGAAAGGAGCUGAUGAGGGAAGGGUUUGGAGCUAGUGGACUUUCCCAGGCUUGAGCUAGAGGCCGUAAGGUUUCCCCUGACCUCCCCUUCUUUCCACCCAGAGCCUUAUUUGAGGAUUAGUUGUGUAUUGAUUUUUAAGUUAUAAGCAAAGGGUAUUUUAUUUAAUAUUAGGGCACGUGUCUGUGCAUGUUGUGUGUACAUGUGUGUGUAUGUUUGUGUGUGUGUUUCUCUACUGAGCCUGGGGUCUCCAGCCAGGGAGACCCUAUCUUGUUCACCCCACCCAAGGUCCUGGGGUCUAGGCCUACAGUGUCUCUUUCUCCCUUGGGGAUGCUGGAGCCCAGUCCAAGGACUGGGAGCUCAAUGGGAAAUGGGGCUGGGAUCUGGGUGAGAAUAUGUGUUUGUGUAGAAGGGAGUCCUUAAAAGGGACAGGGUGACUCCCUGAGGAACUCUUGGGCCUGGGAUAGUUUAAGAAGUAAUGUUCUUUCUUUAUGCUCCGUCUUAUCCCUACCUCCUGCUAACCCAACCAGAGGUCCCUUUCCUUCCUUAGAGGGUUGGGGGCAGGAGAAAGUUGGCAGUGCCUGCAGGUUGCCUGGCCAGGUAGAGAGACUGGGAGAAAGGAAGGGCACCGUGGGUGUGAGAUGCCUUUCUCCUCCACCCAUCGAAACCAGCCACCACCUCCUCGUGCCACCAGGACAGCUUUUCCCAGUGACCAUUCUAAGGGGAACUCUUGAAUGGGUGUUGGUAGUGGGGGAACAUGGGUGUUCCCCCUAUGGAGGCCCCCAGCUCUAAGGUGUCAGGUGAGGGCUUUGGUUAGGUUUUCUUGGCUGUUGGCCCCCUUCUAGGCAGCCCCCUAGAGGAGAAAUGUAGGAAUUUUUUUCUUUAACUGCUGUGAACCCACUUUGUUGGGGGGGAAGAGGAGGGAGAAACAGCCUGUGUUUUUUAUGCCAUAAUAAAGUCAUCAAUCACAUCGUU